AGGUGUGUGACUGCAGAAGGAUGACUCGUGGAUUUGAACCUGUUGCCACCACCACCACCACUCAUUCCAGCAGUCAGCCUCACGCCGUUCACCAAGCAACACAGUCUAACGGAGCAGUCAGUUUAAGACAAUUAGCUUCAAUACCUGUAUCAUCGGGCAACACAAUGGACAAGUCCCCAAUAACACUCACUGUCCGUGAAGAAGAUAAAGACUCUCACUUAUCAAAGAGCACCAAUGAUGACGCCUUGAAGGGUAAACUACUGCAGAAACUUUUGGACAUUGUGAAACGAGAGGAACUCGUCCUGGGCAUGAGCGAGGCCAAGAAGAUGGUAGAGUUCAAGCACCCGGAAGACCUUAAGAACAUCCUGCAGCUGAACAUCACUCGGGAUGGGCUUAACCUGGAGGAGUCAAGCGAGCUCCUGGAGAAGAUUGUCCGCUACAGCAUCAAGACCCAACACCCUCAUUUCCGUAAGCUCUUCUACCACGGCGUCGAUGAGGUGGGCACGACAGCAGCCUGGCUCAUGGAGGCCUUCAACACCAACCAGAUCAACUACGACUUCGCGCCAGUGUUUACCUUAAUGGAGACACACCUAGUUGGGGUAAUGGCCAGGAUGUUCGGCUGGCAGGAGGGAGACGGUAUCUUCUGUCCUGGUGGAAGCAUCAGUAACCUGUGUGCCAUGAUGCUGGCGAGACACAACAAGAACCCAGACAUCAAACAGUCCGGGAUCUUCAAUCUGAAGCCCUUGGUCGCCUUCACCUCUGACCAGAGUCACUACUCCAUCAAGAAGGGCGGCAGCAUACUCGGCCUGGGGAUGGAUAACGUGGUGCUGGUGCAGACGGACUCCUGGGGGAGGAUGCUGCCUCGGGCACUGAAGGAGGCAGUGAAGGAAGCCAGGAGGAAAGGAGGAGACCCUUUCUUCGUCAACGCCACGGGCGGGAGUACCGUAUUAGGGAGCUGUGACCCUCUCGGGGACAUAGCUGAUGUGUGCCAGGAGGAAGAACUGUGGCUGCACGUUGAUGCUUGUGUAGGGGGAGCUGCCAUCUUCUCCAAGACUCACAAGAUCAUACUGAAGGGUAUAGAGAGGGCAGACUCAAUAGCUUGGAACGCCCACAAGAUGAUGUGUGUUCCUCUCCAGUGCGCCUUACUCCUCACCAGACACAUGGACCUGCUAUAUAAGUGUAACUCGGUCAAGUCUCGCUACCUCUACCAGCAAGACAAAUUCUACGACGACAACUACGACCUGGGCGACAAGAGCAUCCAGUGUGGGAGGAAACCAGACGCCCUCAAACUGUACCUAGCACUGUGUGUCUACGGCCUCGACCAGAUGGAACAGCGGGUCGACGAUGCAUUCAAGGCUGCCAGGUACCUUCAGGAGAGGAUCGUAACUCGGCCUGGGUUCCGCCCCGUGAUCUCAGAUGAAGUGUUUUGCGUCAACACCUGUUUCUGGUACAUCCCGCCCAGCCUCCGAGGACAACCCGAGACCCAAGAGUGGUGGGAGAAGCUGAGCAAGGUGGCGCCGAAAAUCUUUGAGAGGAUGAUGACGAAGGGGACGUUGGUGGUGGUGUACCAACCAAUCGUCAACAAGACUCUCGUGAACUUCUUCCGUGUCACCCCCACCACCGUUCCCACCCCGACCUUCAAGGACAUAGAUUACAUUUUAGACGAGACUGAGAAACUAGGUGAGGAUCUGUAGAACAAGUGUAGAGCAGAGAAUAAACAUCUACCAUAUCCCAGACCA